CACCCACUAAACUUUGCUUACAAAACCAUCAUUUUAGAAGAAGAGCACCCAAAACUUAAAUAAACCCCCAUUUUUUUUUCAUACUCUACCUAAGUUUUCAUUCUUCGUCCACCUCGAUCAUCAUCUCGUCAAAAUGGACGACGCCAGCAAUUAUUGGGUCGGCAGCUCGCCGUCGGAGUCCCAGAACUACUUGUUCCGCCUUCUCGCCGAGACCAACGGCGUCGGAGGAGAAGGGUUCCAACAACAGGAAUACGGGUUUGGUCAGCAGAGCUUCAUGUGUAGCAGCAAUAACUCGUCUUCUUGUAACAACUACUUCUCGUACGAUGAUUACCACCACCAAAUAUCUGCCGCCGCCGGCGGGGGCUCGUCCGUGAUCACGGCGGGGGAGGAUUCGACGACGACGGCGACGCCGCAGGAUCGAGCGUACGCGGCUCUGCAGAAUCACAAGGAGGCGGAGAAGCGGCGGAGGGAGAGGAUCAAUUCCCACCUCCACAAGCUCCGUGCUCUCCUACCUUGCAAUUCCAAGACGGACAAAGCGUCGCUGCUGGCGAAGGUAGUGGAGAGGCUGAAAGAGCUGAAGCAGCAGACCUCCGAGAUCGCCGGCCUGGAAACUUUCCCGUCGGAGUCGGACGAAAUCACCGUCCUUUCCGCCGCCGGCCACCACGACGGCUACGGCCGCGGCGGCGGGGGGCAGAUGGUGUUCCAGGCGUCGGUGUGCUGCGAGGACAGGACGGACCUUUUACCGGAGCUGAUUGAGAUAUUCAAGUCGCUCCACCUGAAGACGGUUCGGGCCGAGAUGGUGACGCUUGGCGGGAGGACGCGCAACGUGCUGAUGGUUGCGCCGGCGGACGGCGAGGGAGGCGGCGGAGGCGGAUGCAGCGUGGAGUCCAUUCAUUUCCUGAAGAAUGCGCUCAAGUCGUUGCUAGACCGGUCCAGUAACGGUGGGCCUGGCGACCGGUCCAAGAGGAGACGGGUCGCGAGGAAUGAAUUUUAGUCCAGCUGAAGUCAUGGGCUUUAUCCAAAGCUGUUCUGCCUAUGAGUCGGCCCAUGAAAGUUCAUCUUCAUGGUUGUUACAGAAGCUUUCCUUUUACUUCUCAUAAGUUUGUUUUGUGUGGCUAAUUAGUGGUUAAUCAGGAAGUUGGGAGUAAUGAUAAAUAUAUUUAUAUAUAUGCAUGUGGCUGAGGAACAAUUUUAGUGAAGAUAUAUAUGUUUAACAAAUUAAAUGAGUCCCCCGCAUGAGAUAUUUUGUUAUUUUUCAA